UUAGUUUGACAGAUGAUAAGUGGCUGCCGUCCGAGGUGCGAUCCGUCCGUGAAUAGCCACUCCUAUCUUGAGGAAUAUUAUUUUGACUGAACAGUGUGGAACAAGGAAUGUAGUAUAGUGUUACACAAACGUGUUCGUAACAGUGAAAUGGCUUAGUUGUUUGAGUGAAUACAAAAUCAAUUAAGAUGAGUGGGCGAUCGGGCCGUGGUGUGUUUGGGAAACUCUUCUCAAAGAAGCACAAUAGAGACAGAGAGGAAAGGGCUACGGAUAUAGGCAUGCCGACGAACGUAAAACAGCAUUUACACGUGAGUAAGAAUUCUGAAACUGGCAUGCUGGAGGGCUUACCGCCUACUUGGUUGCGAUUACUGAACACGCAAAUUACACCCGCCGAGCAAAAUGAAUACCCUGACGCGGCCAUCCAGGCCGUCAAGUUCCACAUGUACACGAUCAAAAAGGAGAAAGCGCAAGACGAGCCUUUCAAGCCUUUCGUGACCCAAGAGGUAAUUACGGAGGAGGACAAAGAGAUAGAAAAACUCUUGGAUCAUAAAAAUGCUCACCAAAGCCAGGACUCUGAUCUGUCGAUCGGUCAGAGUAGUGAAGAGGAGAUUACCGGUAAUGAUGUGCCAUCAGAGAGACAGACCAUGCCUGCCACUCCGAUCAAGAACAGCAUCAAGAAGAAGGAAGCCAUGAUGGACAUGACGGCUGUGAUGCAAGACCUAACGCUUAUAGGUGAAGAUAAUGAUGAAAGUCCCAUGUUGAGGAAGAAGGAGAUGUCAUACUCGACCCUGAGUGAUGAGGAGAUUUAUGAGGAGCUGAAGAAGAUUUGCAACCCGGACGAUCCUUAUGUUCGGUUUGAGAGGAUCAAGAAACUUGGUGCAGGUGCUUCAGGUGUCGUGUUCAUCGCCAUAGAUAGUAAGGACAAUUCACGGGUGGCCAUAAAAGAUAUAGACUUGACCAAACAAUCCAAAAAGGAAUUAAUACUCAACGAAAUAAAUGUGCUCAAAGGGUUCCACCACAAGAACCUCGUCAAUUUCCUCGACGCGUUCCUCAGUUACGACCAUCUUUGGGUCGCUAUGGAGCUGCUCGAUGGUGGCUCUCUCACAGACGUGGUCACUGAAGUGGUGAUGAAGGAAGGCCAGAUAGCUGCCGUGUGCCAUGAGACUCUUCAAGCAAUAGCCUUCCUUCAUUCAAAGGGCACAAUUCAUAGAGAUAUAAAAUCUGACAACGUCCUGCUUGGAAUGGACGGUACUGUUAAAGUAACGGACUUUGGUUUCUGUGCCAAUAUUGUAGGCGAUGAGAAACGCCAAACCAUGGUCGGCACUCCAUAUUGGAUGGCUCCAGAAGUGGUUACAAGGAAGCAGUAUGGAAAAAAAGUAGACGUGUGGUCACUCGGCAUAAUGGCUAUUGAAAUGAUCGAAGGAGAGCCGCCGUACAUGAAAGAGACGCCUCUGAGAGCUCUGUAUUUGAUUGCGGCCAUGGGGCGGCCGAAAAUACCUCGGUGGGAAAAGUUAUCGCCCCAAUUCCAAGAUUUCUUGGACAAAUGUUUGCAAGUGGAUGUUGAUUUAAGAGCGUCGGCGGAAGAACUACUCAAGCAUCCGUUUUUGGAUUGCGCGAUGGAACUAAGAACCUUAACGCCGCUCAUUAAAGCCGCCCAGAAAAUCCUGCACAAGAGUUACGACUGAGACUGGUAAUGACUUUCAUUCCCGUUUAUUUUUUAAACAAUAUUACACUUUUGUAGCCAUUUACAACUUUUGUAUUUGUACAAUUUUUUCCUUUUUUGAUAUAAGAGUGCCAAUAUAAGGAUAGACCAUCGAAUGAUAACGUUUUUGUGGAAGAUGAUUGUGUAAUUAUUACUUUGUAUAGUAACUACAGGGCAUUGGACGCGGAUGGAUUGCAUGGAAUUGAUUUAGGUAUCGCAUUAAUGGCGCUCACUGUGUGUUAGUUGUAGGUGACAUUCAUUAUAUUAGCAUAAACUCGGAAGAUAUUUAUUUGACAGCAAAAGCACGUUAUCAUUGGCUUGUAGAUACGAUAUCAGCUUCUGAUACACAUCACAUUGAAAUACAAUAAUUUCGUCAUCGUACUACCAAUGUCGUUUGAGAUUAGAAGAGUCCACUCUAUGCAUAGGUACAACAUAAUGCCAUAUAUAUAUUAAAUUAAUACAUUUACGAAUUGGUUUGGAUGCUUAAUUAGUAUUAAGAAUAUUCUGUCCAAUUAUUAUAUGGAUAAGAACUGGUGCAUACGUCAGUUGAGUAUUUUUAUAUAAUUAGAUAUAUUCGCAAAACGAAGAGAAGGAAAAUGAUUUGCCUCAGUAUGGAUGUGAUAUGAAUGACAAAAUCAGAUGUAUUUUAUAGGAAUAUUACAUACGUAGGUCAACUGUUAAUCACAGUAUUAAAAAUAGACAUAACCCUUAAUAAUAUGUCCAAUACAAACACAUACGUGACAUCCGAAACGUAUAAAGUUUUUUAUUGUCUCCACCCUAAGAGUGUUAGACUUUGUAUUGUAACAAAUAUUACUUUUUUAUAUCUUAAAAACAAUAGCCGAAGACGUUGACGUAUUAUUACGUCAUAAUAUACCGCAAUCCAAGCUAUGGUUCAGGCGGGUAGACGCGACGUCUGAAAGCCACGCCUUAACAAAACGCCACUUUAGGUAAUUGGAAAAGGCAAUUCUAAUCGAUAGACUAGAAAACUAACUAGAUAAUGGGGUGCAAUGAACGCGUAUUUCUUCUCUUCGCUGGUAGGAAAUAUUUCGCAUUUUUGGCCAAGUAUUUUUGUUAGGUAUCUAAGGCAUCCGCUGUCUGAUAGUUUAAUGUAUUGUAGAAUAAACUAUCGUGACUGAGCGAAACAAUAACUAUUUACCAAAAAAUUGUAUAUACAUAAUAUGUUUUUAGCUAGUCGUACUAAUUUGCACAUUUGAUUUUAUAGUUUUUUACGUUUUUAAAACCAACUUUACAAUCGAUGCAGUCCAUUUUACAUUCCUUUCCAUAAAUGUUCUUGAUCAACAAUUUCUUUAAUAUCUAACUCUCGUGUAGUCACUUUUGACAAAUGUUUCUAAAAGACUGUUAUUGUAACGUAUUAACAAAUCAAACUGACUGCUAUGUUUGUAGUUCAAAAUGGCGGAGAUAGUUCAAAAUAAAUUCGUCAUUUAAAAUGUAAGCAAUGAAAUAUAAGUUUAUAAUACUAUUUUAAUACAGUUUUCAAGUAUUUUAUCAAUGUUUUAUGCAGUAGAGCGUACAAAAUAUUAUUACUAAAUACAAUAAGUGUUUUAUUCGGUAUAUUAUACUUACUAUAAACUAAGUACUGACACAAGUUUUGCUAUAUAAACACCAAUGGAAAAAUAAUAUUUUUGUACGUCAAAAUGACAUUCUAGCAUCUAAUUAUUUCUCUGUAUGCUAUUUAUUUAUCUAACCUACACUCCUAAAAGUAAAAAAGAAGUAUUCAAAUACGAAAACAACGUGUACCUAAUAGUUUUGUCGUAAAUAAUUUCAUAAUAUCGGUCGACUGCUAAAUGAGGAAAUAAUUGAUUUAUAUAUAAAACUUAUUGUUACAAUUUUAGUCUUUGUAUUCGUUUGGAACAUGUCAACUGAGUUUAUUGUACGUAACGCAUACGUGAUGACCACACCUACGUGUUUUGAUGGCACUUGUGACGUUAUUUUAUUAUGCUAUCAAUUUUUCAAGUGACGAAUAAUUUACAAACUCGCUUAAAACUAGGGAAACAAUAUAAAAAAAACAACAUUUUGCACGUGGUUGUAAUUGAAAUUCUCGCUAUUUCUAAAUUGGGUUAAUAUUUGUAAGAACAAAGAUUCAAGUUGGUCACGCGUCAGCUUGGUGUAUUUCCAGUUAUUAAGUAAUUAUUUUUUGAUUGUGGUAUUGUUUUUAAGUUUUAAAAAUUUUUAGUCUACAAUGAAAUCACACUGUUUUGACUAUCUCAACACUUGGGGAUCAAAAACUAUAUUACGGUACAUUGUAAGGUAGGAUGAUUUAAUUUGCUUAAUUAUAGUAUUUUUAGAUGGUAGUCUGUAGCCGGUAUCAACAUUAUCAUAAUCUGCAAUAGCCAACCUAAUUUCAAAACAAGCUUUAAACAGAGUAAACCUAAUCUGGUGAUUAUUUUCAUGAUUCAACUAGUCAUUAAAUAAAAAAGUCAAGUCAAAACAUAGAACCAUUGUUCACCAAAAAUGUAAAUCAAAAUAAAAUAUUUUUUUAUUUCUUGAAAAAAUGUUUUCUCGAGUGAACUUAGGUACGAUAUUUAUCAUGCAUUUGUAGAACAUACCCUUCCUAUUUAUAAAAGUAUUUUUUAAUUACAUCGCUUGAAUAUUAAUGUGUGGACUAAGACCAAUAGAAGAAAUAAGAAUAAAAAAAAGUCUACAAUACUCAUGGAAACAAAUGUUGCAGUAAACAAUACCUCCCCCGCACUAUACCGCGUAAAAUCCAUGAAUAUAAAAAAUCAAAUCAAAAUGAGUUUUAAAUAUCAAGAGACGACGCAAUAAAAUAAAAUACUUAUUGCUACAUUAUUAUAAAAUGCUUUGAAUGUUUAAUUAUUUCGCUAUUAGAACUUUGAUUAAAAUUAAAUUAUCCAAGGAAAGAAGUGAAUCAGCCAUUUUUAAUUUUAAUACAGAAUGUUAAUCAAUGCAGUAUUUUUAGUAAUGACGUAUAUUUAAGUAUUUUUAUUAUAUUUUUAAGUUUUUAAGCAUUUUUAUUUCGUCGGCGUCAUUACGUCACCUAUUUGAUUAACUAACAUUUAGUCGUAAAGUUCAGUCUAUAGUUUUGUAUUAUUGAUGAAACGUUUACAUUUUCUCCUUUGCAUAUUAUUUAUACAUAACUUUGGACGUGCUAAUGAAGCAAACUGAUGAGUUUAAUGUAUUGACUAAGCUCCUUCUUUUCUUGUAUACUUAGUGUUAUAAGCAAACCGUUCACGUAUGUUACAAAUUCAUCCACCACGUGUGCCUGGUAUAUACACUGUAAUUUUGUAUUUUUUUUAAGAUAGCAGUAGUUGUCUAGGUGUAGUCAAGGUUUUUUAGAUGUGCAACGAAAAUGUAAAUGUACGAAGCUAGGCUCGCUUUAGCAUAAGUUUAUAUACACCAAUGAUAGGUUUUCGAGCGUUGUAUUCCAAUUUGCCUAUUAAAUUAUUUUUGUAAAGAAA